AUGGUUGCGAAUUCCACUUCCGAUAAUGCCGCACUCUCAGGUGCCGCGAAUAAUGAGAAGCAGAAUUGGGCCACAUCCCCUUCCACCGUUUUCAAUCACUUCGCCACAAGUGGACUCUCCGUCGCAAUUGCAACAUCAAUUACUCAUCCUCUAGAUGUAUUGAAAGUGAGGCUACAAAUGCAACUUGUUGGCCAGAAAGGUCCUUUGAGUGGAAUGGGACAAUUGCUUUUAACUGCGGUGAAAAAUGAAGGACCUAAGUCUUUGUAUCUGGGUUUGACGCCUGCUUUAACAAGUUAA